GCUAUAAAUUUAAAGCAAUCACACGAUGUCGUGACAAAGUUUGCUUCGCUAUUUCAAAACCCAACCUACUACCAGAUAGAUAGCACAUCUACCUACUACGCCCAUACCUAUACACAAUAUACUCGUACCUCGCAAAAACGCCGAACAAAAGUUCUUUUUUUUUGUCGAGUACCCGCAGUAGAUGGCAAUUUUUCCCAUUUUUCAUCGCUUCGAUGUGAUGAUACGUGUAAAUUCCAUUAGGUAGCCACAACAGUCGAGAUGGAUUCGUCCGAAACCGACGUGAGGUUGGAUUUUAUCGGAAAUUACGUGCAGAAAGCGUUGAAAUUGAAAUCGGAAAAAUGGACCAGGUUGCUUUCGGUAACCGAGUAUCGAGCCAUGGUUACCGAUUUUCUCGAAAGAAAAGACGAAUUGAUUUUAAUCAUUUCGCAGAACGCAGCCGUACAAUUGGUGGCGUCGAAUAAUUUCCCAGUUUGUUUGAAAAAUAAAGCAGCGUAUUUUGUGAAAAAACAACGAUGCUCGAUUACCAAAGACAAUGUCACGCAAAUGAUCAUAUUUGGAGAUAUGGCCACAAAACCGAUAGAGCAGCUGGCAGGAGUAGUGGAUGAGAUUUUUGUCCCUUUACUGUCCAAUUCAACGAAUCAACACACGUGGGCCAAACCGGUAACACUGGAUCUGAAACAACAUAUGCAUGGAUUAAAAAACACGGUAUAUCAAGUCAAAGGUGAAGUAUCUGGUCAAACCAUUCUACCAAUGCCAGAAGGGCUAACAAAGAACCCAAGUCCUGACAGUGAUGAAUCUGCCAACGAUGUGGAAGAUAUAGAUCUUCAGCUCAAAGGAUCCAUAGAAGAAACCAUCAUUCAAUGGUUUGGCCUAAUUACGAAUAUUCUAGCGGAAGAUCCUUCAUCUUCUUUUGCUAACUCUCAACACCCCACAGCUUGGGCAGAAAUACAAUAUUGGGACAAAAGGUUGAUAAAUUUGAAGAAUAUUAAUCAACAACUACAAAACGUCAAAGUACUCAAGAUGAUAAAAAUUCUAGAAACCACAAACAGCGCGUACUUUCCAGGAUUCAAAAACGUUUACGAAAACGUACAAUCAGCGUUAGAAGAAGCGGAAAACGUAACCCUGUACUUGAAACCUUUACGAAAACACUUUCUUCAAUUGGAGGAUAUCGAUUUUUCGGAAAUAAUUCCCUGCAUCAAGCCUUUAAUGCAUGUUAUCUGUUUGGUUUGGUCUCAAUGUAAAUUUUACUGUAAUUCAGCUCGAAUCAUAACGCUCCUGCGACAAAUAUGUAAUUUAUUCAUCAAUCAAGCAAAACGUUACCUCGAUCCAUCAUCCAUAUUUCAAAGUGAUGUAGACGAAGCCAAACAAAGAAUUCAAUGGUGCCUAAACGUGUUUAAAGUUUUAAGGAAUGUUUACGACGAGUACGCGGACAAUCUGAAAACAUUUUUCAAAGAUCGACCUCCAAUAAUAUGGACGUUUGAUUCCAGCGUGAUAUUCUGUCGAACUCAGAUCUUCAUCGACAGAUUAUCCACAAUACAGUGGUUCUUCGACACGGUAAAAGAAUUCACCAAGUUGGAAAAAAUCGAAAUAGGUGGACUGAAGGGACGCAGCCUUGGAGCUCGAAUCAUAUCCAUAUAUCGCGAAUUCAACGAAAACUUCACCUUGUUCUCAACUCGAACUUACGACGUGCUCGAUCCGGAAGAUUCUCAUUUUCCCAACGACUAUAAACAUUUCCAAGACCAUAUCAAUAAACUCGAUCGCAAGCUGGCUUCUGUGCUAUGUCAAGCGUUCGACGAAUGCUACAACUUAGAGGGUAUAUUCAAACUAAUAGACGUGAUAGGAUCUGCGAUGGAAAGACCUCACGUACGUGAAGAAUUAUACAAGAAGUAUCACCGGAUUUUAGACUUAUUGGAAGAAGAAAUAAAAGUUUGUCACUACAUAUUCGAUGCGAUAAGCCAAUCAAAUUCUAGAAAUCAUUACAUAGCGUUGGAAAAACACUUGCCACCUGUUGCUGCUGCGCUCAAUGCAUCUAAUUCUCUACGUCAACGGAUCACAGCGCAAAUAAAUAAUUUCAAAACCUACAAUUCUUCAUUAACGAAAACUAAACGAGGUAUCGAUAUACUCAAUCACUACAAUCAACUAAUGAUGGAUUUGGAUCAAUACGAAGAUAAUUUGCAUUUAGAAUGGAAAACCAACAUUCCUCGAGAAUGUGAAAAACAUUUACAAAACUCUUUACUCAUUAGGGAUUCUCAACAUACGAGGAUUGCGUUGAAUUUUCAUUACAAACUGAAAUUGGCGUUUUCGGAAGUUCGAUACCUACAACUAUUUGGUAAAGAAGAUAUUCCCGAAGAAGCUUCCGAUCUAUACGCGCAAGAAGACACGUUUCGAAAAUACAUAAGUUCUUUAACGAUGAUGAUCAAAAGCUACAACAAAGUCAAGAAUAAUUGCAUAUCGGUGGAAUUCGAAUUGGUCAAGCCAGAGCUGCAAGAUAUCGAUAAAUUGAUCGAUUUAGGCGUAAACCAGCUGACCUGGAAAUCUCCCAAUUUACUCGAAUACGUGGAUAAUCUACUCCGGCUCGUCGAAAGCUUACGAGUCCGAAUUCAAAAUUCCCAAGCUCAUGUGAGGACCAUUCUACACAUUCUUCAAACUUGGUGCAAAAUACCAAUUUUGGAAAGGAAGGAUCAUAAAAAAGAUACCAUGCUUGAUUUAGAAAACAGGAUGGAAAAGUUCAAGAAAAGAUAUGCUAUAGUAUCGAAAACCGGAAAUGAAAUCCAUCAAAUAAUCGACGAAAAUUGUCGAACGUUUUGCAUGGAAGAUAAAAAAGACUGCAAGCAAUGGUUAAAUUAUAAAAAAUACAUCGAUCAGUUCGUAGGUGACGCUAUGCUUUCAGCAGUUGGAUGCAGUUUGAUAUACAUUGCGGAAAAUAUGGACCCUUUGAACGCAUUUCCUCCAUUAUUCGAAACGAAACUCGAAUUGCAUAUUCCAGAUCCGGUGUUUACUCCAUCUUUGGAAACCAACGUUGAAGGCAAUUUUGUUGGCUUGGUGCAAAGCAUUAUCGAAGAUGCGGUUCAUAUGACCACCUUGAUAGCGAGAAUUUAUUCUGAAAGUGAUCAUCCGGAUUAUUCGGAAGAUGUCAGUAGCAAUGUGGAUAUAAUUUCCGUUAAAGAUGAAAUAAUGCAUUUUCUAGAUGUCUCCAUCAAACAGGCUAAAGAAUUCAGUUUGAAAUUUGAAUCGUACGCUUAUCUAUGGUUAGACGAUCGUGAAAUGUACAUGCAACAGUUUCUCACCUAUGGACGACAAUUGACUGGCGAAGAGUUCGAGCUAAUUUUAUUGGAAGAUGCUAGUGCCCCACAACCAGUGGCUCCUGAAAUCGACCAGUUUAGAGAACAAAUAGACAAUUUUGAAAACUUAUACCAAGAAGUACAACUACUAGAAAACGUCAAGGUAUUCAAUAAUUGGUUCCAAGUGGACGUGCAACCUUUCAAACAAUCAUUAUUGAAUAUAAUUUGCAAAUGGAGCCAGAUGUUCAAACAACAUUUAGUUGAACAUGUUACCAACAGUUUAACCGAUCUAUCGAGCUUCAUUCGCGAAGCUGACGAAGGCAUGUUGCAACCGGUUGAAGAAGGCAAUUACGACGCAUUGGUUAACGUGAUGGCAUACUUGAUGAAUGUAAAAGAACGACAAGAAGUCACAGACGAAAUGUUCGAACCAUUGAAGGAAACAAUUCAGCUGCUCAAAUAUUACGAUCAAGAUCUCUCCGAAGAAGUCAACGUAUUAUUACAAGAAUUACCAGAACAAUGGAGCAAUACGAAAAAAAUCGCCGUCAACGUAAAACAACUAGUAGCACCUUUACAAGCCGCCGAAGUUUUAAAUAUCAGAAGAAAAAUUACCAUUUUUGAUAAUCGACAAAUCCAUUUCAGAGAUCGAUUCCGUAAAGCUAAUUUCUUCAGAUACGAUUGCUCUCAUCCGUACGAUAUUAUACAAGAAUACCACGACGAACUCUCCAAAUACGAAACUGAGAUGGAAAAAAUUCAAGCUUCCGCUUCGUUAUUUGAAGUAAACAUGCCAGAAUUCAAACCACUCAGGCAAUCUAGACGAGAAUUACGGAUGCUCAAACAACUUUGGGAUUACGUGCAUUUGGUGAAUAAUUACAUAGAGAAUUGGAAAAGAACACCUUGGAGGAAAGUGGACGUCGAAACGAUGGAUAUAGAAUGCAAAAAAUUUGCCAAAGAAAUACGAGCUCUGGAUAAAGAAAUGCGAUCAUGGGAAGCUUACACUGUGCUGGAGCGAACAGUGAAAAAUAUGCUGACCUCUUUGAAAGCUGUCAGCGAAUUACAGAAUCCUGCCAUCAGAGAACGACAUUGGCAACAGCUCAUGAAAUCUACAAAAGUACAAUUUAUAAUGGACGCAAACACGACGUUAGCCGAGCUGUUAGCGUUGAACUUGCACGAAUGCGAAGAAGAGGUGAAAAACAUCGUCGAUAAAGCUGUCAAAGAGAUGUCUAUGGAGAAAAUUCUACGAGAACUGGAUAGUACGUGGUCUCGUAUGGAGUUCCAACAAGAAAUUCAUCCGCGUACCAACUACGUGUUAUUAAAAGCCAGCGAAGAACUAAUAGAAACAUUGGAAGAAAAUCAGGUCCAAUUACAAAACUUGAUCACUUCGAAAUUCGUCGCACAUUUUUUGAACGAGGUAUCCGAGUGGCAAAAGACAUUGAGCAUUGCUGAUCAAGUGAUCACCGUUUGGUUCGAAGUACAAAGAACCUGGUUGCAUUUGGAGUCGAUUUUCAUGAGUUCGGAAGAUAUUAAAAAGCAACUGCCGGAAGAUUCUGCACGAUUUUUCAGAGUCGAUGAAGAGUUUAAGGUGCUUAUGCAAGAAAUCACAAAAACUUUAAACGUGGUCGAGGCGACAAACAGAAAAAAUCUAAUCACCACUUUGACCGAUUUACAAAAAGAACUAACUACUUGCGAAAAAGCCCUCGCUGAAUAUUUGGAAACUAAAAGAUUAGCAUUUCCUCGUUUCUACUUCAUUUCAUCGGCCGAUCUGCUGGACAUAUUGUCAAAUGGUAAUAACCCCGAACAGGUCACAAGACACUUGAUUAAACUAUUCGAUUCGAUGGCGUCGUUGAAAUUCUCCCAAGAAGAUGGUAAAAAUAAAUACGCCAUCGGAAUGUACGCUAAAGACGGCGAAUACGUCGAAUUUAAUCAUAUAUGCGAUUGUUUUGGUCCAGUUGAAAUAUGGUUAAGUAAUUUACAAAACACGAUGCAGUCCACCAUAAGGCACUACAUCGCUGAAGGUACCCAAAGCUACGAAGAGAAGCCGAGGGAACAGUGGCUUUUUGAUUACCCGGCUCAAGCCUCCUUAUGCGGAUCGCAAAUUUGGUGGACGACAGAAGUAAACAUGGCGUUUGCAAGGCUCGAAGAAGGAUAUGAAAAUGCGUUGAAAGAUUACCAGAAAAAACAAAUUUCUCAGUUGAAUACUUUGAUAUCAUUGCUGCUGGGCGAACUAACGAAACAGGAUCGUCAGAAAAUCAUGACCAUAUGCACGAUAGACGUGCAUUCGAGAGACGUGGUAGCUCGUUUGAUUCAAUCAAAAAUAGAGAGCUCGUCCGCAUUUCAAUGGCAGUCUCAAUUGAGGCAUAGAUGGGAUGAACGAGAGAAAGAUUGUUUUGCCAACAUAUGCGAUGCCCAAUUUCGAUACACUCACGAGUACCUCGGAAAUACACCUAGAUUAGUUAUUACGCCUUUAACAGAUCGUUGCUACAUCACAUUAACACAAUCUUUGCAUCUUGUGAUGGGCGGAGGUCCAGCAGGUCCGGCUGGUACGGGUAAAACUGAAACAACCAAAGAUUUGGGUAGAGCACUCGGACGUAUGGUUUAUGUUUUCAAUUGUUCCGAGCAAAUGGACUAUAAAUCUUGCGGUAAUAUUUAUAAAGGUCUGGCUCAAACUGGAGCUUGGGGGUGUUUCGACGAGUUCAACAGGAUCUCAGUUGAAGUUCUUUCUGUUGUAGCUGUUCAGGUGAAAUCAGUUCAAGAUGCAAUAAAAGCUAAAAAAGAGAAAUUCAACUUCAUGGGAGAGAUAAUCCCACUGAAUCCAACCGUCGGUAUAUUCAUCACUAUGAAUCCUGGUUACGCGGGUAGAACAGAACUGCCAGAAAAUUUGAAAGCUCUUUUCAGGUUCACUAAAUACCUAUUCACCGUUUACCAUCAAUUUAAAAACAUUCAUUCAUUUUCCCAUAUUCUCUGUUUCAGACCAUGCGCCAUGGUAGUUCCAGAUUUCGAGCUAAUUUGUGAAAUCAUGUUGGUCGCCGAGGGCUUCCAAGAAGCUAAAGUCUUGGCAAGAAAGUUCAUUACUCUGUACACCCUUUGCAAAGAACUUCUGUCGAAGCAAGAUCACUACGAUUGGGGUUUGCGAGCAAUAAAAUCCGUACUCGUGGUAGCUGGUUCUUUAAAAAGAGGCGAUCCAGGUCGACCUGAAGAAGAAGUACUGAUGCGAACGCUUCGAGAUUUCAAUAUCCCUAAAAUAGUCACCGACGACGUACCCGUGUUCAUGGGUCUGAUCGGUGACCUGUUUCCAGCACUGGACGUGCCUCGAAAACGUGACCAAGAAUUUGAGAAAAUGGUCAAACAGGCUGCAGUAGAUCUGCAUCUUCAACCCGAAGAAAAUUUCGUAUUAAAGGUAAUACAGUUAGAAGAAAUUCUCGAAGUUCGUCAUUCAGUUUUCAUCGUCGGCAAUGCUGGCACAGGAAAAACCCAAGUUUGGAAAACGCUUUUCAAAACUUACCAAAAUAUGAAAAGAAAACCAAUGUAUAACGAUCUCGAUCCAAAAGCGGUAACCAACGACGAACUAUUCGGUAUCAUUAAUCCAGCCACGAGAGAAUGGAAAGACGGUUUAUUUUCAGUAUUGAUGCGCGAACAAGCCAAUUUAUCGAGCGAUAAUCCGAAAUGGAUAGUUUUAGAUGGUGAUAUUGAUCCGAUGUGGAUCGAAUCAUUGAACACAGUCAUGGAUGAUAAUAAAGUGCUAACAUUAGCCAGUAACGAGCGAAUAGCAUUGACACCAACGAUGAGGCUGGUUUUUGAAGUAUCCAACUUGAGCACAGCUACACCGGCAACAGUGUCCAGAGCUGGAAUUUUGUACAUAAAUCCUCAAGAUUUAGGUUGGAACCCAUACGUCACCAGUUGGUUGGAAACGAGAGAACAUCAAUCAGAAAAAACCAAUUUGGUUAUACUAUUUGAUAAAUAUAUUCCAGCUUGUAUGGAAAAUCUUCGCACUCGAUUCAAGAAAAUAACCCCAGUGGCCGAUAUUUCGCACAUACAAACGCUGUGCUAUUUAUUAGAUUGCUUACUCAUCCCUUCGAACGUGCCACCAGAUUGCUCCAAAGAGUUGUACGAAAUGUAUUUUUCAUUCGCUUGUGUUUGGGCAUUUGGAGCCGCCAUGUUCCAGGACCAAAUCAUCGACUAUCGGAUUGAAUUCUCAAAAUGGUGGAUGUCCGAAUUCAAGACGAUCAAAUAUCCGGCUCAAGGCACCGUAUUCGAUUACUACAUAAACAACGAAACCAGGCAGUUUUCUCCUUGGAGUGAGAAAAUUCCGAAAUUCGAACUAGAUCCCGAUAUGCCGUUGCAAGCUGUAGUCGUUCACACGUCGGAAUCGAUUAAAAUUCGAUAUUUUGUCGACCUUUUGAUGGAACAUAAGCACCCGGUCAUGUUGGUUGGUCCAGCUGGGAGCGGUAAAACCGUCUUGAUAAACGAGAAAUUGGCCAGCUUCAAUGAAAAUUACGCCAUUACCGCGGUGCCAUUCAACUUCUAUACCACGUCUGAAAUGCUUCAAAAAAUGCUUGAGAAAAAAUUGGAGAAGAAAGCUGGGCGCAAUUAUGGACCUCCUGGGAACAAGACGUUGAUAUAUUUCAUUGACGAUAUGAAUAUGCCAGAAGUCGACUGCUACGGAACCGUGCAACCUCACACAUUGAUUCGCCAGCAUUUAGAUUACGGUCACUGGUACGAUAGAUCCAAGCUUUCGUUGAAGGAUAUUCAAAAAUGUCAAUACGUUUCCUGCAUGAACCCAACUGCCGGAAGCUUCACCAUUAAUCCACGAUUGUUGAGGCAUUUCUGCGUUUUUGCCUUAAGCUUUCCCGCCGUAGAAUCAUUAACCAUGAUUUACCAGUCAAUACUGAGUCAGCAUUUUUCAAAUCCCGAUUACAGAAUACCGUACGCCGUAGGUCGUCUAAAUAAAUGCGUUGUCGACGCUUCCAUAGCUUUACACAAUAAAGCUUCUUCGGUGUUUUUACCAACUGCGUCGAAAUUUCACUACAUGUUCAAUCUUCGAGACCUAUCGAACGUAUUUCAAGGAUUGCUCUUCAGUACUGGUGAGUGCUUGACCUCUCAAGUUGACCUGAUGAGGUUAUGGAUGCACGAAACGCAUCGCGUAUACGGUGAUAAAUUAGUAGAUGACAAAGAUAUCGAUAAUUUUACUAAAAUACAAUUGGAUGCGUUGAAAAAGAAUUUCGAGGAAGUUGAAGAAAGUUCAUUAUUCGAUCAACCAAACAUCUAUUGUCAUUUCGGACAAGGUUUCGGUGAACCUAAAUACAUGCCAGUGACUAGAUGGACGACAAUCAGCCAGUUACUGCAAGAGGCUUUGUCAUCGUACAAUGAUUUGGUAGCCGGUAUGAAUUUGGUACUUUUUGAAGACGCCAUGAUGCACAUUUGCAGAAUCAAUCGAAUAUUGGAAUCACCUCGAGGCAGCUGCCUUCUAGUUGGCGUAGGUGGAAGUGGCAAACAAUCGCUGGCCAGAUUGGCUGCUUUUAUUUCAAGUCUGGAAGUAGCUCAAAUUCAGCUACGUAAAGGAUACGGUUUAGUUGAUUUAAAGAUGGAAUUAUCCAAUUUGUACUUGAAAGCCGGUCUGAAAAACGUCGGCAUCAUGUUCCUCAUCACCGAUGCUCAAAUUCCCGACGAAACCUUCUUAGUGCUGAUCAACGAUUUACUGGCAUCCGGAGAAAUCACAGAUUUAUUCCCAGAUGACGAAGUGGAAAACAUCAUCUCCAGCGUCCGGAAUGAAGUUAAAGGAGCCGGAAUCCUGGACACGCGAGAAAAUUGCUGGAAAUUUUUCAUCGAUCGUGUAAGACGUCAGUUGAAAGUAGUUUUAUGUUUUUCUCCAGUUGGUUCGACGUUGCGAGUUCGAUCACGUAAAUUUCCAGCCUUAAUCAAUUGCACUUCGAUUGUAUGGUUUCACGAAUGGCCUCAAGAAGCUCUUAUUUCGGUAUCGGUUAAAUUUCUGCAAGAACUGGAUGUUUUGCCGGUUGAAUAUCGCGAAUCUGUGGCCAAAUUCAUGGCUCAUGUGCAUUCUCAAGUCAAUACGAUAUCGCGAACUUAUCUUCAUAACGAGAAACGAUUCAAUUACACGACUCCGAAAUCAUUUCUGGAGCAAAUCAAUUUGUAUUCCAAGUUAUUGAAGAUGAAAUUUUCGGAGCUUUCGAAGAAAAUCGAGAGAUUGGAGAACGGUUUGGAUAAAUUGAAGAAAACAGCUGCCCAGGUGGAUGAUUUGAAAGCUAAACUGGCAAUUCAAGAGAUCGAAUUAAAAGCUAAAAAUGACGCAGCUGAUGCACUCAUUGAAAUAGUUGGUAUUGAAACGGAAAAGGUAUCGAAAGAGAAAACUCUAGCCGACGAAGAAGAGAAAAAAGUCCAAUUGAUAGCGGAAGAAGUGCAGAAAAAACAGCAAGACUGCGAGGAAGAUUUAGUUAAAGCCGAGCCAGCUUUAAUAGCAGCACAGGAAGCUUUGAAUACGCUCAACAAAGCAAAUUUAACCGAACUGAAAUCAUUCGGAUCUCCUCCAGGAGCAGUGACCAAUGUAACAGCAGCAGUCAUGGUUUUAUUGGCUCCAAAUGGCAAAAUACCCAAAGACCGAAGUUGGAAAGCAGCCAAGAUAAUGAUGGCCAAAGUCGACGCCUUUCUGGACUCGUUAAUCAAUUACGACAAAGAAAACAUACAUCCGGAAAUCAUCAAAGCCAUUCAACCGUAUUUGAACGACGCCGAAUUCGAGCCCGAAUACAUCCGCAGUAAAUCAGCAGCUGCGGCUGGUUUAUGCGCUUGGGUCAUAAAUAUAAUAAAAUUUUACGAAGUGUAUUGCGACGUCGAGCCGAAACGUAAGGCGUUAGCUCAAGCAAACGCCGAUCUGGCUCAAGCGGAGGAGAAAUUAUCAGUUAUCAAGAAGAAAGUCGCUUCCUUGGAAGAACAAUUAGCCAAACUGACAGCUGAUUUUGAGCAAGCAACGGCUGAGAAAAUGAAAUGCCAAGAAGAAGCCGAUGCCACAACUCAAAAAAUCCAGCUCGCUAAUAGACUGGUGGGGGGACUGGGAUCUGAAAAUGUACGAUGGACCGAAGCUGUUGCAAGUUACAUGCAACAAGGAACCACCCUGCCAGGAGAUAUAUUACUCGUAACAGCGUUUGUAUCUUACGCCGGUUGUUUCACCAAACAAUAUCGUUUAGAUUUGCUACUCAAAAUGUGGCUACCUAAUUUGAAAAUAUUGGAGCCUCCAAUCCCUACAACAGAUGGAUUAGAUCCUUUAUCACUUCUAACAGACGACGCUCAAAUAGCCGUAUGGAACAACGAGGGGCUUCCCAGCGAUAGAAUGUCGACCGAAAACGCCACAAUACUGACCAAUUCAGAACGAUGGCCUCUUAUGAUAGAUCCGCAGUUACAAGGUGUCAAAUGGAUCAAGCAAAAAUAUGGCGAAGGGCUAGUUGUAAUACGAUUAGGGCAAAAAGGCAUGUUGGAUCACUUAGAGCAGGGAAUCACAAACGGUUCGGUUGUACUAUUGGAAAAUAUUGGCGAAGUUCUCGAUCCUGUACUGGAUCCUUUAUUGACGAGAAACUUGAUAAAAAAGGGACGGGCAAUCAAAAUUGGCGACAAAGAAGUCGAAUACAAUUCCAGUUUCCGGCUCAUUCUUCAUACCAAAUUGGCGAAUCCUCAUUACAAGCCUGAAAUCCAAGCCCAAACCACUCUGAUUAAUUUUACUGUCACCAGGGAUGGAUUAGAAGAUCAGCUGCUGGCUGAAGUGGUGAAAGCGGAAAGGCCCGAUUUAGAAGAAACCAAGGCGGAAUUAACGAAACAACAAAAUGAUUUCAAAAUCAUGUUGAAAACACUCGAGGAUGAUUUAUUAUCGAGACUGUCAUCAGCCGGAGAUAACAUUCUCGGAGACACGGCGUUAGUAGAAAAUCUGGAAACGACCAAAAAAACUGCAGCCGAAAUCGAAAACAAGGUAUCCGAAGCUAAAAGUACAACCAUAAAAAUCGACAAGGCUCGCGAAUGGUACAGACCAGCGGCUACUCGAGCCAGUCUGUUAUAUUUUAUAUUGAAUCAAUUGAACGCCAUAAAUCCGAUAUAUCAGUUCUCUCUGAAGGCCUUCAGCGUAGUCUUUCAUAACGCCAUCGAACGAGCAAAUCCUUCUGAUUCGGUCGACGACCGCGUCAACAAUUUGAUAGACUGCAUCACGUAUUCUGUGUUCAUUUACACAACACGAGGUCUCUUCGAACGCGAUAAAUUGAUUUUCGUUUCUCAAAUGGCCUUUCAGAUAUUAUUGAUGAAAGAAGAAAUAAAUUCUCAAGAACUGGAUUUCUUUUUGAGAUUUCCUGUAAUGCCACAUGUCAUAAGCCCGGUAGAUUUUCUAUCUGAUUCUAGUUGGGGUGGAGUACGAAGUCUGGCUUCAAGAGAUGAUUUCCGAAACUUGGACAGAGAUAUCGAAAGUUCCACCAAACGAUGGAAAAAAUUCGUAGAAAGCGAAUGCCCCGAAAAAGAGAAAUUUCCGCAAGAAUGGAAAAGUAAAACAUCGCUGCAAAGAUUAAUGAUGAUGAGAGCAUUGCGUCCUGACAGAAUGACAUACGCAAUGGCGGCAUUCAUAGAAGAGAAACUUAGCUCCAAGUACACCGAAUGGAAAAGCGUCGAGUUCGCGAAAUCGUUCGAAGAGUCUAACAACAUCACGCCCAUAUUUUUCAUCCUAUCUCCGGGUGUGAAUCCGUUGAAAGAAGUCGAAGAACUCGGACUCAAGUUGAAUUUCUCCAGUAAUGCGGGCAAUUUUCAUAACGUGUCUUUGGGCCAAGGCCAAGAAGUGGUUGCCGAACAAGCCCUAGAAAUAUCUUCGAAACAGGGGCACUGGGUUGUUUUACAAAAUAUUCAUUUGGUGAAAAAAUGGUUACCAACGCUUGAAAAGAAAUUAGAAUCACUGAGCGAAGGAGCUCAUGCCAAUUUUAGAGUAUUCAUGAGCGCUGAACCAGCAUCCUCACCGUCGGCUCAUAUUAUACCUCAGGGUAUCCUCGAGUCAUCGAUAAAAAUCACAAACGAGCCGCCUGCUGGAAUGCAGGCGAAUUUACACAAAGCAUUGGAUAACUUUUCGCAAGAUACGUUGGAAAUGUCUUCGAAAGAGGCUGAAUUCAAAGGGAUCCUGUUCUCGUUGUGUUAUUUUCACGCGGUGGUAGCAGAAAGGCGAAAAUUCGGUCCACAAGGAUGGAAUAAAAUUUACCCUUUUAACGUUGGCGAUCUCACCAUCAGCGUCAGCGUGCUGUAUAAUUAUUUAGAAGCUAAUAACAAAGUUCCUUGGGAAGAUUUGCGAUACUUAUUUGGCGAAAUAAUGUACGGAGGUCAUAUCACAGAUGAUUGGGAUCGACGAUUGUGCAUAGCUUAUUUAGAAGAAUUCAUGCAACCUGAAUUAAUCGAUGGCGAAUUAUUUUUAGCACCUGGGUUUUUAGCUCCGCCAAACACAGAUUUCCCAGGAUAUCAUACGUAUAUCGAUGAAGUAAUGCCGCCAGAAAGUCCAUAUCUUUAUGGAUUACAUCCGAAUGCCGAAAUUGGAUUUCUCAGCACCACAGCUGAUAACUUAUUCCGAACAGUGUUUGAAAUGCAACCCAGGGAUGCAGGCAGCGGAGGGGGUCAGACAAUUACCAGAGAAGAUAAGGUCAAACAAACAAUCGAUGAAAUUUUGGAAAAACUCCCAGAAGAAUUUAAUAUGGUUGAGAUCACGAGUAAAGUGGAGGAACGAACCCCUUACGUGAUAGUCGCGUUUCAGGAAUGCCAACGAAUGAAUUAUCUCACCAACGAAAUUAAAAGGUCUUUAAAAGAACUCGACUUGGGACUCAAAGGCGAGUUGACAAUCACCAACGAUAUGGAAGAACUCGAGAACGCCUUGUUUCUCGAUCAAGUACCAGCUACGUGGACCCAAAGAGCGUACCCAUCUUUGUUAGGAUUGAGUUCGUGGUUCGCUGACUUACUACUUCGAAUUCGAGAAUUGGAAACUUGGUCUACGGAUUUCGUGCUACCAACUACGGUAUGGUUGGGAGGAUUUUUCAACCCGCAAUCAUUUCUGACCGCGAUAAUGCAAAAUACCGCUAGAAAAAACGAGCUACCAUUGGAUAAAAUGUGCUUACAAUGCGACGUGACUAAAAAACAAAAAGAAGAUUUUACAUCUCCACCUCGAGAAGGCGUUUACAUUCAUGGAUUGUACAUGGAAGGAGCUCGAUGGGAUGUUUUACAAGGUGUCAUAUUAGAAUCACACUUGAAAGAAUUAUUCCCAUUACUACCUGUGAUAAAUGUUCGAGCAAUCACGCAAGAUAAGCAAGAUUUACGAAACCUGUACGAAUGUCCGGUAUAUAAGACGAGAAUGCGAGGCUUGACGUACGUGUGGACAUUCAAUUUGAAAACCAAAGACAAGCCAUCGAAAUGGACACUGGCCGGAGUAGCUCUACUAUUACAAAUUUAAAACCCCAUUAAACUGCAAAAGUAUAUAAAAAAUACGAACAAUUUUGCGUUCUUUUUUCCUAGCAAAGUUAUAAAUCGACAAGAAUUUCGAUCGAUUAACGUAACCGCGCGAAAAACCUUUAAGAAAGUUACUUUCUGUUGAAACAGCGUUACAUGCGGAAUAUAUUGUAGGCAAUUGGACGUAAUUCUAUUCGUACAAAAUACAUAUAAUUAUCACUCGA